GACCAAAAACCAUCGUCCUCAAAGGGUUAAUACAGUGUUUGAUGGUGCUAGUGUUAGGUAAACAACAGCCAAACUCUAUGUCGACAUCUCUAUGAGUGUGCGUUCGUUUACAAGUCUCACAACAUAUCCUGUCAACACAUAAGUGUAUAAGAAGUCAUGGUAAAUUCUAUCCGGCUACAGUUAUACCUACAUAAGUGGCCAGUCAUCUAGCCAGACACACAACCAUCCAUCCAUCCAGCUAAAGUAAAAGUACAUAACCAGUAGCAAACUAGCCAACCAACCUGCCAACUAGCCAGACAGCUAGCCAGCUAACCUGUCAACUAGCCAAGCAACCUGCGAGACAACUUGCCAGCCAGCCAGCGUCCUGAAAAAAAAUACGAGAGAGACAGAGAGAGAGGAAGGGGGGACGGUAUCCUGUGUGUGUGUUAUCAGAACAAUUUAAACGCCACAGUAGGAUUGCCUGACUCAGUACGCGUCUUGUGUCUCUCAAAGUAAGAUGGAGUGGCGACGACUCCUGUGUGUGUUUGUGGCCCUGGAGACGACCAUCCUCUCCCCAGGGGCGUCUUACUCGUCUCCUACGUCGCCACCACAGCUCUCCUCACCCUCCACGUCGCCACCACAGCUCUCGCUACCCUCCACGUCUCCACCACAGCUCUCGUCAGCUCUCAACACCAACACGUCUCUGGCCUCCUCCUCGUCACACUCCCACAAAGGUGAUUCAGCUUCCUCCCUCACGACGCUCCCGCCGGUUGUUAACACCGGAGACCUACAACUACCAAGUAACGACCAGGUGGUAGAGAGGCAGUGGUCAUUGGUUCCUAAGAUAGAGAGAGUCACGUCACACAAGCCUCCCGUCACAAGCCUCCCGCUGCUCAGGAGGAAAAAAAGUGUUUGUUCUUACGAUGUUACGGUCAAGUCUCGGGAGGUAAAGGAAGUCCAUGAAAUAACUGGUGAAGGAAAAUAUAUGACUCUCUACUUCGUUCCCGGGAGAGACUUUGAGUAUAUCAGCAUAACGUUAAGCCUUACCUUUAGUGACCCAAUAUUAUGGUUUUAUAAAGAGAAACUUUGUGUUAGAGAGUUAGACCGAGGGUAUAAUGUUUCUAUCAGGGCAGACGGGGGCGGGUACUGGGGGGUUGAUGUAAAGUGUAACUGUCCUGAAAAAAUAUUAUUAUAUACGGACUCAUAUUAUACAUUUAACUAUAUAUCUGGGAUGAAGGUACAGGCAAAAGGCACUUCCCGUUGGAGGAAACAUUACUCGGAUGAUAACUGUCUCACUCAACCUUCUACCUCAUCCACUACUGAGACAAACCCGACCCAGCCUGCCUCAUCCACUACUGAGACAAACCCGACCCAGCCUGCCUCAUCCACUACUGAGACAAACCCGACCCAGCCUGCCUCAUCCACUACUGAGACAAACCCGACCCAGCCUGUCUCAUCCACUACUGAGGGAAACUCUACCCAGAUGACCACAAGCAACCCUCCCAUUGUGACACGUUUUGUACUCCUGAUGUUGGUGGUAGCGGUGGUAGUAGUGAUAGUGGUGUUGGUGGUCGUGGUAUGCUUAGUCUGUUACCGGAAAAGAAGUGUUGCAGAUAAGUCGGCACGUUCUCUUGAAGCGCCUGUCGGAUGUGACCCUCUGAGCAGUGAAGUGGAUGACAAUAUAGACUUGAGGGAGCUCCGGGGCAGGCAGGGAUCAUCAUACUUCAGUGACAACAGUCUCUAUGGGGUCAUUACUCAGCCUGAAGACACCCCUGCCAACCUACGAUCAUCAUACUUCAGUGACAACAGUCUCUAUGGGGUCAUUACUCAGCCUGAAGACACCCCUGCCAACCUACGAUCAUCAUACUUCAGUGACAACAGUCUCUAUGGGGUCAUUGCUCAGCCUGAAGACACCCCUGCCAACCUACGAUCAUCAUACUUCAGUAACAACAGUCUCUAAGGGGUCAUUAAUCCUAUCUUUCCUGAGACGAGAGACAACUAGGAACCCCCUCUCUCCCCGCUCUCUCUCUCUCUCUGUCUCUUGAAAUACCGGUGUAAUCAUCGGUGUAAAAACCUACAAUUGAAGUUUAUCUGUUAAUUAAGUCUUAUAUAAUUAUGAAAAAUAAUAACAACUGCCUGUCACGCGAAAUGAGAUAAACCAAUUUUAUAUAACCUGUGCUAAUGUAAUCUACCCUAACCAAACCUAACCUAACCUAUGCUAAUGUAAUCUAACGUAACCAAACUAAACUAAACGUAACUUAAUUUAACCAAACCUGAUCUACCAUUCUUUAGUUUGAUCGAGUCACUGCAUCUCAAACAAGACUUAUGUUUUUCACUACAGGUAAAUUUUCAUUACUUAUCAUGUAUAUAGAUAAUAACGUUAAGUUUAUCUUCUAAUACACCCACAUAACUUGUAAAAAAUAAAUAUAUAUUGAUUUUGA